AUAAUUGCCUUUUAAGUUAUCACAAUAAGGUCAAGAAAUCUUUUUGAAAAAAAAAAGGUUUUCAGAAUUUUAUUUAAAAUCGUCAAAGUUGACAAAGUAAAUAUUGCCAGAUUUAAUAAUAGAUUUUUGUAUAAUCAUGGUCUACCCAAAAUUUAUAAACAUUCAUAUAUCACUAAUAGCAUUUACGGUGACACGAGUGUUUGAAAUAAAUGGAAUAAAAAGAAAUCUUAUAUUGCAUUUAAAGAAAUGUUUGCGUGUAUAUAAAUGGAACAUACAAUGUAGAAAUAAUUGUUCCGACUCGAGGUAGUCUGGGUAAUAGAGAGGCUUUCUUACCGUGAAAAAUCAUUGAUCUUAUAAAUAAUGAAGAGAUAUAACAUGAAAGAUUAAGAUAUAUAUCUAAGUUGUGUAUUUUAUUUAAAAAGAUAAAAGGGUAUAUGUAAUGGUCUAUAUGGUUGUACGUUACGUUUAAAGCCCCUUAAUUUCUAAAUAAGAUGGUGCAAUAAACAACUGAAAUGGGAUAUAUAAUUUUAUAUAAAAUAUUGUAAAAAUGGAUUAUAAAUAAGACAGGGCGGAUUACCAAAAUAUAACAAUGCAAUUUGACAACGUGUUGUGGUUAUGAUAUUUAAACAUACACCAUUUAUAUAUUUUUUGCAAAAAAUGUGCAGUCUGUCAUAAAUAUUUUUGCAGCGAGGAAAACAAUGUUAAUUUGAAAUAAAUGAUUUGUCUUUUUCGGAAAGAUGGCAGACUCUGACCUUGACAACGCUGGGGUAAAAGCCGUAAUAACACUUGGUGUGCUGGCAGUUGUGGGUAUCCUCGCUGUUAUAAUUGCUAAACUUGUUAAGUUCUGUGUGAAGAAGCAUUAUACAGAUAUCGAUGAGAAUGAAAUUGACGAGAACACACGAUCGCUGAUUCGCGCGAGACUUUCCGUGAUUCAAUUCAAAAAACGAGAAAUCAAAAAAGCACGGCAAGAAAGAACUUUAGAUGUGUUUACAAGAUGGAAAGAACUUGUGAAGAGCAGAAAAAAGGAUAGAGAAUCGACCUUAAAAUCUCAAAGACCAGAGGAAAAUAGUCAAGUUGUAAUAACUAUUGAUAAAGUAACAGCGAAAGAAAAUGGUGUUUUAGAAAACGGAGGAAGUAAAAUCAUAGAGAAUGGAAGCCCAAGAAUUCCAAGAUUUCCAUUUUUUACACAAAGUAAAACGGCUGGGGGAGCUAUAAAACCACAGCUGGAAACAUCCCGUAAUGCAUCGUCAAAUAAAGUAAAUACAUUAAAAGCCGAAUCGCCUGUUCCUCGGGGACGCCCAGUUUCUAGUAAACAGCGUACUUUGCCUAAUGUAAUACUCACUGACGUCGAUAUAAAUAAUACAGCUAAAGUUCAUAUAAAGUCGGUUCAUUUUGAAGAUGAUACUAAUUUAGUGAAAACAGAAUCUACCACUAAAAAGGAUAGUACUAAAGUUAUUUCUGUAAUUGAAAAGGAAAAUAAAGAAAACAUUAAGACUGAUGAGACAGGAACUGUUAAAACUAAUUCAGAAAGUGAAAAGAAAGCCAAAUAUAAAACAAAUUCCGUCUCUCCCAUUAUCAAAAAAACUAAUAUCCAAACAGAGUAUAAUAAAGGCAACGGUGACUCAAAUACUGAGAGUGCUAGUAAAAUUGAAGAGAAAACCUGACAGGACGACAGACGAGAUUUCUAAAGUGUCUUUCUGGUCUUGUGCAAUUCAACAUGUACAAAAAAUCAACUUCCAGGCUUGCAUUUUCAGUCUGCUUAAGGUACAUGUCGUCUGCUACGCUCGACGGAACAGCUAACAUUAAUAGUUUUAAGAUACCUAAUCUGUUUCAACUGGGACGCACUAUGUCGGCUUGGGUAUGCUCACCGGACAAUAUUCAAGAGAUGCUUCUGAGGUAUUUCUUACAUAAAAUUAACUAUGAAUCAGAAGAGAAAACUGCAGUGUUAUCUGGAACAGUACCAUUCAAUUUGGACAGUACCAUUAACUGUUAAAAAGGGUGUUUACCAAAAAUAUACUGACUGAAUGGCAAACAGUGCAGACCAUGAUCAGACUGCACGGAUGUGCAGGCUGAUCUUGGUCUGCACUGGUCGCAAAGGCAGAAUCACUUGCUGCCAGCAGGCUAAAGGUUAAUAUCUAAGUCAUAACUUGUAUUUUCUCAAUGCAAUUCAUUUAUCGUUAUAUUCCUGGAAAAAAGGGACAUAUUUCUUGUGGGUCUUUAAGUUCUUUACUUACCGUAUGUCACAUCAAGCUAUGGAUAUGUUUAGAGACUAUAAAAAGUAUCCGGAAAAGGAAACCGGAAAUUCGCCGAACCGGGCUAUCUACAUAAAUGAAAUAGCCAUGCUAAGCAGUUGCUGUGAUAAGUUCUAUUAGAUUGUUAUACAUUUUGUUGAUUUUGAAUAAAAGUAAUGAA